GUUCACUGUUGGAACAAACAAUAGAUUUAAAAAAUAUUCAAUUGAUGGCUCUGUUCUCACAGUCACUCUCACUUUAUUAGUCAUUUCUCUCACGCAGUCCUCAGUCACUUUAGUGCAUAUUGUGUAUUCCUCAUCUGUUAUCCUUCAAAGUUGUGUAGCGCAUGUCUAUAAUUUUACUCUGAAAAUGGCUAGGAGAGGUAGAAAACCUAAGAAACAUGUGAAACAGCUAGAUCCACCGUCGAUUCAACCGCCGAAUUUAUCGCUUGAUGAUAUGAUGGGGAAGGAAAUUGUACCUGAUCCGGUAUUUCCGAAAGCUGGUGAGAAGGGAACCAUACGUUCUAAGCCCAACUCGAGUCCUAUGCGAUCACAUUCGGUUCUUACGGACAGCAACUCUUCAUCCUUCCCCGACACUAGCCAAUCACUGCCAUUGUCGGAACAUAAUCAACGAUCCAUUGACGAGUCAACAGUACUAAGCGAGCCGUCUACUGACGGUCUUUCUUUGCAAAAUCACUCCGAAGAUACAGUCAAUAGUCGGAACAAACCCACAAGAAAGUCAUCAGUACCGCGAAAAUCGAGAAACCCUCAAGUAAUACAAGAAAUCGUUAGACUACAAGCUGGUACUGGAUUGGUGAUCCCAAAGCUUCCUUUCGCUCGCCUCAUUCGAGAAGUUCUGAUAGGUUAUUCUGGCCAGGAAAUUCGUAUCACUUCGGAUGCGCUUCUGUGUUUGCAGGAAUCGUCGGAAAUCUACGCUGUACAACUGAUGGAGGACGCCUACCGGUGUACAUUGCAUCGUGACAGGAAUACGCUCAUGCCGAAAGAUAUGCGAUUGGCAAUUAUGUUGCGUAACGAUAGUGUUAUAAAAUUGUAAGUCAUAUGUAUUAUUUGUGUGAUUUUGUUACGUUCAAUUACGUUAGCUUUUAACGUUUACAAAGAAAAUUGUGAAUAAAAAUGUAGUGGCUUAAAAAUUUCAAU